AAACCGUACCCAUGACCGAGGAAGGAGAGAGCCCAAGAGGAGGCGUGAGGGUGACCGGAAAAUCGCGUCGUGAGCCCCGGGGGAGCCGGGGCGGAAGAGCUUGCUUUAGGUCGAGUUUGGAGAGAGGAGACGACCAGAGAACCGAGCCGCCCAUAACACUAAGUCGGGCGAACCAAGACCCGUCGACCCUAAGACCCGUCGACCCAUCGACCCUAAGACCCGUCGACCCUAAGACCCGUCGACCCAUCGACCCUAAGACCCGUCGGCCCAUCCGAUUGAACCCUCGUAAGAGUCUCGACCCAUCCUAUGUGAUCGGCCCAUCCCAUGGGAUCGACCCAUCGACCCAUCCCAUGUGA